AUGGGUAAAGUAGAGGACACGAAACCCCUUGGGCGGCCGGCGGGACAUACAAAGGUGACAGCGGCGGGAAAUAGUCAAAAAACAAAGUUUGAAAAAUACGGCAUCAGCACGAGAAGUGGAGACACGAAAGGUAACAAGGAGGACGCUGUAAGCAUUGAAAAGUCGUUUGACAUGAUUAUGACGGAGCUAAAAGCGAUAUAUGGAAAAAUGGAAGAAAAUAAAGAAGAAAUUAAGAGAGAACUCAAAAAAGAAAUAGAUACGCUGAAGGAAAACAUUGCUGAGAGAGAUAAAAAGUGGGAAGAAGAGAAAAAUAUACUCUGGGAGCGAAUCGAUCUAUUGGAGGAUAAAAUUCAGAAGAUGGAAGAAGGUGAAUUGCGGCACAUGACUGGAAAGAAAGAUGAAAAUAGGAUGUGGGCAAAAGAAAAAGAGAGGAUUCUGCAGCAGCAAGCAAUAAUACAGGCUGAGAUAGAGAAAAUGGAGCAAAUGAAAAUGAAACAAUUAAGGUACGAGAGAAAAAAUAACGUGGUGAUUAAGGGAUUUAACGAGGCGGACGGCGAUCUUCAGAAAGCAGCAGAGAAGAUGACAGAAGAAAAAUUCGGCGUAAAAAUAGAAUCAAAAGACACACGGAUACAAGGAAAAAGCAAAAAGGUGGUUAUAGUUAAACUAAACAACUGGGAAACGAAAGAGAAGAUCAUGAAAAAGAAAAACUCGCUGGUGGGUACUGACAUCUAUAUUGAAAAUGACCUCACAAGCGAAGAAAGAGAAGUACAAUGGAAGAACAGCCAAAAAGCAAAAAUAGCGAGACAAAACAGCAGGAUUUAUAGAAAGAUUAGGAAAAAAAAUGCUGACUUCUGGGAAUUUUUGAGGCAAUAUGAUGUGAUAGGAUUAACUGAAACAUGGGUAGAAAGUAAGGGGUGGGAAAAGUUAGAAAAAAAACUGCCAAAAGAAUAUAAAUGGAAAUGCAAAGUUGCAAAGCGAGAGAAGAAAAGAGGAAGAGCAAGUGAAGGAAUAAUAACUGGAAUCAGAAAGGACAUCACAGUAGAAGAAAAUGAAAUAGAAAUUGAAAGUGCUGUGAAAAAUAUAGUUAACGUAGGUAAUGAGAAGUGGGUAAUAUGGACAGUAUAUAAUCAAAGUAAAGUGAAACAGACGAUGAAAAAUAUAAGUGAAGAAACAGGACAAGAAAAAAUCAUGAUCGGAGAAAAUUUUAACGCGAGAACAGGAAACAAAGGUAGCUGGUACUUCGGAGUGGAAGAGGAAAAGAACAUGAGAAGAUCAAAGGAUAAAAAAUGCGACAAUGAAGGUAUACUACUGAUAGAGGCUAAAGAAGAAGAAGGCUGGUGUGUGCUCAAUGGGAAUGUCGAUGGGGACAAGGAGGGAAGCUUUACCUAUGUAGCAGAAACAGAACAAUCUGUAAUUGAUUAUAUAAUGGUAGGCACAGAAUAUAUGGAACAAGUGAAAGAAUUUAAAGUGGUAGACAGGAUGAAGUCAGACCACAUGCCUGUGGUGUGCAAGCUAAAGAAUAAAUUAACACGUAAAGGCAGUAAAGAGGUUAUAGAAAUGGGGGAAAAAACUAUCUGGGAUGACGAAAGUAAAAUGAAGUUCCAACUCGAAACAAUAAAUAAAGUUUUCAGUACAGAAACAGAUACCAACAUUAACUGGAAAGAGAUGAAAGAAGCGGUAUGCGGUAGCAUGUACAAAAAGGAAUGGAAAGGAACUAUAGCAAAAAUUCAACAGAAAAAAUGA